AUGGGACAUGUGGCUGCCUCACAUUCUCGGCCUUCCGUGCCACGGCCGCAGCCUUGCGGCUGGUGGUUGGUGGCUGGAUUGUUACGGUCGAAGAAGAAGAAGAGACGCCACAAACACAAAUUGUUGGCGCUCCGCGCGGUUUCCUUGGAUCAGCGCCUGGGCCCCCCCGGCGGCGGCGCCGCCCCUGGCGCGCUCCGCGCGCCAGGGAGGGGGGCCCGGCGCAGACUCAAGAAAUUCGCGCAGAGCGCCAAAAGUUUAUGUCUAUGCCGUUGUUUUCUUCUUCUUCUUCUUCUAGUUACAGCCACGGGAGUCGACGCGAGGAAGCGUCCUCCCCCAGUCACGUGGGAUGACGAUCGAGAAUU